AUGUCCCGCUUCAAAGCAAUGACUGCAGCUUUGCGUCUGGGCAAAGGGCCGCCGGCAUAUAUCACGCCCGGGCUAGAUGUCGACGAAGUACCGCUUGAUGGAGGUUUCGAAACACUGCGGAGUGAGCUGGAGAGGUUGUACUGGCAAGGGAUCAAAGCCGAGCUCGAAAACAUCAUCCACACUCUUCAGGCAUGGCAGGAGCCCGAAUUCGCAGACAGCCCAACUUCCGGCGAAGACGAUUUCGUCCAUGGAUACGAUGCAUUUCUUGAUCAUGUCAGCCAGGGGGCUCGGGAAUUUGCCAUCCGUCAUGACAGAAAGAAACAAGAAUCCUUCCGGUAUGAGCCGGCCCUGUGCCGGGUAGCGAUGGACCGGAGGGCCGAGUACGUGAGCACCAAGCUCAAGUCGUCUGUCAGGAGAGGCAUUGAAGGCUUCCUGGACAUCGACAAGCUUAUCGAACAUCGACCGCCGUUGAACAAGUCACAGAGACCGGCAAUUCCUCAACUCACUCUCGCCCAGGAUGACAGCCUUCAGACCCCCAAGUUGCAGGCCCUGCGCUGCGCACGGCCCGACUGCAACAAAAGCAUAUCAGGUAGCAUGUUUGUCUCCGACGACCCCAAGGACCCAGGCACAAUCUGUGAAGAUUGUUACUGGCAGCAUCACUACGGCGACGACUCUUACUCCAAAGCCUACAAGCACUGCGUCUUGCAGGGCUCCAUUACACCCGAGAAAAGCAGACAGCUUUGUUCCUGCCGAGCAGUGCCGCACCACGACGGCUCUGGCAUCCCUCUGACCCUAUUCCCCGUCAACAAGGAAGCGAAACACAAUGUCGGCAUCGGCCAGGGUGACGUGAAGUGCAGCCUUCUCGAACUCGACGAGCUCGUCGGCCGGGCCAAGUACGACGGACUGUUGGAAAGCGUGGGCAUGAAGGAGAGCAAACUCUCUAACAUCCUGGCCAAGAUUUCAGCUGCUGAAGCAGCCGCCAACACCGGGAACUCCGGAAGCUUCUCAGAGGGCCGGCUGACCAAGAUGAAAACGGCGAUAAGAUUAAGCUCUGAUGACAUGCCGAGUGCAGCCGAAACUACCAAGUCAGGGGCACUCAUCGCUCUUCGCGAGGUGCCUGUCUUUCAUGAGCGAUUUGCGCUGGCCACUAAGCGAGACACAGCGCUUGUCGUGUCCGGUUCUUCUCAGCGGACCUUGUGGAAACAGACGCGUAAGCCCAAUGUUCCCAAGCGAUACAAGGCAGUCAUGAAGCAGGUUAUUGGUGCACCUUUUACUGGUAUCUUUCCGCUGGACGACGAGCUCGAAAUCGGCCGGGAUCUCCUGGCUGCCAGCAAGCAACUAGACGAUCUCAGCUUCAAGGACCAAGCCGUGCUGGACUCGGUUCUUGAAUCCUCGAUGCACAAGCUGAAGAACCUCUUACAGAUUCAUGUGCGACUGUACCUGAACAGCCUUGCUUCUCGGCUUUUUGACCCCAACACAACCUUGGCUUGGAGUGCAGACAACAACUGCCAAACCUUCUGCAACUCCCUCAUCGAUGCCUCCAUCUUCGAGCCCCUCGUGAGCAAGCCACUUCCAGGCGACGCCUCACCCGGGCCUCUUUACCUCUUCAGCUUCGUCACCCGGUCCCCACCUGAAUCCGGGUACGUCCGGCACAAGGUCAACAGCAAAUAUGACGUUCCUCUAGGGUAUGUCGAGGAGUACCUCCUCCGCUUCCAUUUCGGUCACAAUUCCUCGGACCUAAUCGACACCUGCCACGAGUACUGGACCGACUGGGCGGCGUUCGACGGCCCCAUCCACCCCGACCCCUACCACUCCCCCUUUCCCUGGGACUGCACCGAAGCCUACGGUCGCUACCCGACCGUCUGCGGCGGGCACCAGCUGGAAGGCAAAAAGGACACAGCAUGCAACCUCUCCAAGCACAUUUGGGCCUUUCCCUUCGACGCAUGGUCCUUCAUCGCGCAGCACCUGACCCGUGACAAGUACCUCUACCCGACCAUCACCAUGAUCACCGACACAGCCACCGCCAAUAAACAACAGCAACAAUCCUGGACGACAAACCGGCUCACCCUCCUCCGCGCCAACACCCUCCUCAGCCGCGCCGCCGUCGCGAUGGCCGGCACCCCGUUAUUCCACGCCGCCACCGCCUGGCUGCACUCGGACUCGCCCACCUCACUCCUCGCCCACCACACGAACCUGGCGAGAGUCAGGUUAGGCGGUAUUCACCGCGCCCAGCCGUUCAGCCACUACUUUGACACCGGGCGUGGGGGCUUACUUUCUUGCCGAGUGGGCGCUGUGGUCUCGGGAGGAGAAGAUCAAGGCGUAUGA